UAUAGUCCGAGACGGUAUGGCUGCUGCACUUCGGCCUUUGAGUCGAGUUCUCCUGCAGGCACUGCAGAUUUCGGUGUAUCCUGGGGUGGGAGGCUCCGGCUCUGUCAGCUGCCGCUGCCCUCUCGGAGCUAAAAGAUACCUACUUACAGAUAAUGUGGUGAAAUUAAAAGAAUUUCAGCAACAGAAAGUGGCUGUUGCAUGCAGUCUUCCUGGCACUAAAGAAACCUAUUUUAGAAACUUGAAAGAGAAACUGACCCAGAACAAGCUCAUCUUGAAGAAGGAGUUGAUAACCUUACUUCAUUUGUGUGAGUCCCGGGACCACGUGGAGCUGGCUAAAAAUGUCAUUUACAGGUACCAUGCAGAGAACAAAAAUAUCACUUUGGGGGAGUAUAAGUUUGGACCACUUUUUGUGAGGCUGUGUUACGAGUUGGAUCUCGAGGAAUCUGCAGUGGAGUUCUUGAAAGACCAGCAUUUACGAGGUUUCUUCUCAGACUCCACAUCAUUCAAUAUUUUGAUGGACAUGUUAUUUAUCAAAGGCAAAUAUGAAAGUGCUUUGGAAGUAUUGAUAGAGAUGAAAAACCAAAAUGUAAAGUUCACCAAAGAUACCUAUGUUCUUGCUUUUGCAAUUUGCUACAAACUGAAUAGCCCUGAGUCUUUGAAAAUUUGUACUACAUUAAGAGAAGAAGCUCUACUCAAAGGAGAAAUUCUCUCCAGGAGAGCAUGCUGUUUUGCUGUGGCAUUAGCUCUGAAUCAGAAUGAGGUGGCAAAAGCUGUGUCCAUUUUUUCUCAAAUCAUGAAUCCAGAAAGCAUAGCCUGCACUAAUUUAAAUGUUAUAAUCCAUAUCCAGUCAAAUACAUUGGAAAACCUGAUAGAGACUCUAACAAAUGCUGCAGAAGGAAAUUUAUCAAAAUUUGUGAAAAGACAUAUGUUCUCAGAGGAAGUGCUGGCCAAAGUGAGGGAAAAAGUGAAGGAUGUGCCUGCCCUUUUGGCCAAAUUUGAUGAGAUCUAUGGGAAACUACACGUCAGUGGCCAGGUCACCAAUUAUUCUUUGGAUGCUGUGCUCUGCCACACCCCCAGGGACAGGAAAUCUCACGCGUUGCUGUUAAACAAGAGGAUGGUCAGCUGUCGCACCUUCCGGCCUCUCAACCAGUCCCUGUUGGCUGAGUAACCCUGGUUUCAGUCCACCUAUGGAUCUGAGGGGCCUGCUUCUAAUUCACUGAAUGGUACCAUGCCGAUCUGUGAGAAGUUAUGUUGCAUCACUGUGAAGGUCUAGAUGCAAGCUUGGCUCCCUCAGAAAGGCACUUCCCUUUUGCACUGCUGAGGAUCCUUGAAGGAACUUGGUCAGUCUCCAGUUCAGCUUCUGGCACCAGAGUGGAACCCAGUAAGCACCAUCAGGAAUGAAUUUCACUACAACUGUGGAUGCCUCUGAUUUUCAAGGGAGUAGUUACUUGCAAAUUACAUCCUUGCUGAAUUCAGGAGGUCUAAAACCCUACUCUACCAUGUUAGAAAACAGCCCAGGAUUUUCUCAUUGCUCUGCCAUCAUAUAUAUCUAUGACUAGAGCCCGCAUUUUUCCAUCUGCAAAACAAUAAUGCCUAUGUGUAUUUGCAUACAGAUUUGAAAUCUUCAUUCAAGGUUCAGUAGGAUCAGAUUUUCUCAAAAAUAAAUAAGGUUCAUA